UGAAAAGAAAUUCCUGACCAUGAAAGAUAGCAUUGUUAUCUAUCCUUCUCCAGGAAGAGGCCACCUGGUUUCCAUCACAGAGCUUGCUAAACUCAUACUAACUCACUAUCCUUCCUUCUCCAUCACAGUCAUUAUCCCUGAAGCGCCUUUCGAAACUGGCUCCACCUAUGAAUAUGUUGAAUCCAUCUCCGCCACCGUCCCCUCCAUCACUUUCCACCACCUUCCCACCACCACCACCACCACCACUACUUCUGCCACCACCAGCUCCUCCUCACUUGACAUUCAAACUCAAACCUUCGAGUUGUCUCUCCAAAACAACCACAACUUUCACCAAGCUCUCUUACUUAUCUCCAAGUCCCCCACUAUCAAGGCCUUGAUAUUGGAUUUCUUUUGCAACCCUUCUUUUAAAAUCUCAGCAAUUCUCGAAAUCCCCACCUACUAUUACAAGCCUGGAGGCCUCAGCAGCCUUACUGUGUUUCUUAACCUUCCAACAAUUCACAAGAACACCACAAAGAGUUUAAAAGAACUCGGCAACGAGGAAAUUAACAUCCCCGGCAUGCCAGUUCCUUUGAGAGCAAAAGACAUGCCCUAUCCCAUGCAAGAUCGCACUCGAAAAGUUUACCACUACUUCCUAGAGACUGCCAUUCAGAUGCCCAAAUCAGCUGGAAUCAUUGUAAACACAGUUGAAACACUUGAAAAAACAGCUCUUAACGCAAUAUUAGACGGACAGUGCACACCUGGACAGCCAGCUCCACGUAUUUAUUGCAUAGGGCCGUUGAUAGUGUCAGGUGAUGGCAGUCGAAGUGGUGAAAGUAGGCAUGAGUGCUUGAAUUGGCUUGACAUGCAACCAAAAGGAAGUGUUGUAUUCUUGAGUUUUGGUAGUUUGGGGAAGUUCUCGGCCCCGCAAUUGAAAGAAAUUGCUUUAGGGUUGGAGAAAAGUGGAGUGAGGUUCUUGUGGGUGGUUCGUCCGCCUGAAGGUGCGGUUGAUGCAAACUUGGAAUCAUUGUUGCCACAAGGGUUCUUGGAGAGAACAAGAGAUAGAGGAUACGUGGCAAAAUCUUGGGCACCACAAGUUCAGGUACUGAGUCACGAGUCUGUAGGUGGAUUUGUGUGUCACUGUGGGUGGAACUCGGUUCUAGAAGCGAUCCGUGGUGGGGUACCAAUGUUGGUUUGGCCUCUUUAUGCAGAAAACAAAUUGAAUAAGGUGAGUGUGGUGGAGGAGUUGAAGGUGGCUUUGGCUGUUGAAGCUGAAGAUGAUGGAUUGGUGAGUGCAGAGGAGUUGGAGAAGCUAAUUACUAAGUUGAUAAACUCAAAUGAGGGAAAAUUGAUCAAAGAGCGGGUGAUGGGUUUGAAAGAGGAAGUGUCGGUGGCACUCAAGGAAGGAGGUCCUUCUCGCGUUGCCUUGGCUAACUUGAUCGAAUCAAUUCUAAAGAAUUAGACGUUAAAGUUGAAUGUUUUUUUUUUUUUGUUUUUUUAAUUUAUAAUGUUUAUACGGUUUGAGAUAUAAAAUUCAGGUUGUAUUGGCUACUAAAUAUAUGUGCGUGAAA